AUGUCCGACCAAGUCCUGGUCCAAAGGUGGUACACCCAGCCGCGGCAUCACGACUUCCCACGUAGCAGUCUGCCCAAUUUACCUACCUACCUAGGCAUGUAUCUCACGGUUCCCGCCUUACCGGUUUUUGAAGAGGUACCGUACCGGUUAACGAGGUGGAGCCUGACGAUUGUGGAUGGGGUCACAACGUUGAAGGCGGAUGCCAAGUCCCGCAGAGAAAAUAAGGUAGCCCACAAAACAAACACAACAUCAAACAGACUAAGUGACUCCUCUUCUCUUUUGUUCCCCGCGCACGGCGCCCGCGGCGGUCGGAUGUUAACUAGCAACUCUACCAACCACUACCACCUUAGCCGAGAAACAGGGAGACCCAAUCGAAAUCUCCGCACCUGUCUCGGGCGGAACUACAGUAUACCUACCUACCGGUACUACUACAAACCUACAUAG